CGUAGCCGUCGACGUCAUCCGAAUCAAUGUAUUAAUUUUACUAAAUUCAAGUAAAAUCCCAAAUUCCCCUUAUUUUUCGGCUGAAAUUAUGAAACAUCAGUGAUCUUUGGCUUCUAAUAUCACAAAGUAAAGUUUGGCAACAUGGCGUUGGAUUUAGUCAGUAUUGCACAGCCCCAUUACAUUCCUGGCUACACAGGCCACUGUCCGGAGUACAAGUACAGGAUCGGCGACACUUAUGGCUCCACCACGCACAAGAUCCUUCUGGACCCCAGCGUGCAGCACUCGGAGAGGCUCGUGUUGUCUGACAGAACUGCUGAUGACUUUCAGAUCUUCCGUCCCCCUCAAACUGACAUAGAUGUCGUGAAUGCCAGAUUCCGGAAUGGCGAUCCAGUCUACAAGCACCCCAUGAUACCAGGAUAUGAAGGUUUUCUACCCCGACUAAACGCGCACUUCGGCCAAAGAUACACGGUAUCAGCGACAGAAGCACUAUCAGAGUUCCAGAGGCUACAGUUGAACCAGCGAGCAGCACGAAACCAAUUGGAAAGAGUUGUGGACUUGCAAGCUGGGAAAGGACAACCAUGGGACUUGGUCGACAGAUUUUCGGCGACGGCAGAAUUCAAACUACCCUUAGUGGUAGUACGGCCAGAAUGUGCAGGAAUCCUACGAGACCUGCCAAUGGACGAGGCAAAACUAUCACCAGCUUCACAUUCAGUCAGCCCUUACUUUAUGGAGGACGGUCCAGAGAAAUUCAUCAAGAAAGGUUUUGCGGGUCACGUGCCUUAUGGUUUCCAACGCUUUGGCGAAUCAUCGAAGAAGCUCACGAACUCGGCUCUCUGCGACUUCUCCUCCAACUACAGACGAAGGCAGAGCACAGAAUGGGCACCAGUUAAUGUAGUCAAGCCCGACCCGCCGCUGUCGAUCAACCCCACCGAGCUGUAUCACAAACACGUGGGGAUGCUACCGAACUACGCGGGACACGUGCCUGGCGCCAUGUUCAGAUUUGGGAAAACAUACGGGAACGACACUCGGGAUGCUAAGCGGUGGCUUCGCGGUGAUUUCGCUUGAAGUUGGAAAGCAGCUGUCAUUUGUCACAUUAUAUUCUUCGAUGAUCACGAAAAUCAAGAGUGGUUACUCCUAUUUGUACGAACAAAUCGACUACCCACUAUUUUGAUACGAAUUAUACACAGUGUUUAACAAAAUAACUUUUUUAUUUUUAUACAAGUAGAUAUAAACGUAGAAACACUUCAUAGCCUCGGCUCGGGUUUUUAGAGACAAAUAGCAACCAAAACCAUAGAUAUUUAACCAUAGAUUCUAUGUCAGGUAAUCAGGAUUGGGCAAUAAUGUUCUAAUUUUAAGUACAUAAUGGAUGCAAUAAAAUAUUGAGUAUUGAGUAUAAUA